UUGCUGGGAAACAUCUGCCGACGCCUGUGGCUGGGACCGGGCGACAUGGCGGCGGCGGCGGCGGCGGCGCUGGCGCGGCUCGCAGCGGCCUUCCUUCUCCUCGCGACCCAGGUGGCCUGUGAGUAUGGCAUGGUGCAUGUGGUAUCUGAGACCGGUGGCCCCAAAGGCAAAGACUACUGCAUCCUCUACAACCCACAGUGGGCCCACCUGCCGCAUGACCUCAGCAAAGCGUCUCUCCUGCAGGUGCGGAACUGGACCAGCUCCGUGCUCUGCUCUCCUGCCGACCUCCCCCCCAAAGGCUUCAGCAACCAGAUUCCGCUGGUGGCACGGGGAAACUGCACCUUCUACGAGAAAGUGCGGCUAGCCCAGGGCAGCGGGGCCCGCGGGCUGCUCAUUGUCAGCAAGGAGGCGCUGGUACCCCCGGGAGGCAACAAGACACAGUAUGAGGAGAUUGGCAUUCCCGUGGCCCUGCUUAGCUACCGAGACAUGCUGGACAUUUUCCAGACUUUCGGCCAGGCAGUGCGGGCGGCGCUACAUGCCCCCAAGGAGCCCAUGCUGGACUACAACAUGGUCAUCAUCUUCCUCAUGGCCGUGGGCACUGUCGCGCUUGGGGGCUAUUGGGCCGGGAGCCGGGAUGUCAGGAAGAGAUACAUGAAGCACAAGCGGGAUGACGGGCCCGAGAAGCAGGAGGACGAGGCCGUGGACGUGACGCCCGUCAUGAUCUGCGUCUUCGUGGUCAUGUGCUGCUCCAUGCUGGUGCUGCUCUACUUCUUCUAUGACCAGCUUGUGUAUGUCAUCAUUGGCAUCUUCUGCCUGGCCUCCUCCACCGGCCUCUACAGCUGCUUGUCACCGCUCGUGCAGAGGCUGCCGUUCUGCAAGUGCAGGGUCCCCAACAACAGCCUGCCCUAUUUCCACAAGCGCCCUCAGGUCUGCACACUGCUCCUGGCGCUGCUGUGUGCGGCCGUCAGCGUGGUGUGGGGCAUCUUCCGGAAUGAGGACCAGUGGGCUUGGAUCCUCCAGGAUGCGUUGGGCAUCGCCUUCUGCCUCUACACCUUGAAGACCAUCCGCCUCCCCACAUUCAAGGCCUGCACACUGCUGCUGCUGGUGCUGUUCAUCUACGACGUCUUCUUCGUGUUCAUCACGCCCUUCCUGACCAAGAGCGGGAACAGCAUUAUGGUGGAGGUGGCGACCGGGCCUUCAGACUCAGCCACCCAUGAGAAGCUACCCAUGGUGCUGAAGGUUCCCAGACUGAACGCCUCACCACUGGCCCUGUGUGACCGCCCCUUCUCCCUCCUGGGCUUCGGGGACAUCCUGGUCCCAGGGCUGCUCGUGGCCUACUGCCACCGCUUCGACAUCCAGGUGCAGUCCUCCAGGGUCUACUUCGUGGCCUGCACCAUCGCCUACGGCAUCGGGCUCCUGGUGACGUUUAUGGCGCUGGCCCUCAUGCAGCGUGGCCAGCCCGCCCUCCUCUACCUCGUGCCCUGCACGCUCGUCACCAGCUGCGCCCUGGCGCUCUGGCGCAGGGAGCUGGGCAUGUUCUGGACGGGCGGCGGGUUUGCGGUGAAUACCAGUUUGCUAUGACUGUCUGCGAGCAGUAAUAGCCUAAUAAGCCCUAACUAGAGUUAAAGUUGAGUAAGCCCUCCUAGCCUCACACCUAAACCCCACAGCCCCCUUCCCGGGUGUUGGGUCUCCUCCCCUCCUGCCACUGCCGAGGUGGGGAGGCAUGCGGAGAGGGGUACCUGUGUGGGUGUCGCUGGGAAGCAGGUUUCCACUUGGGCUUCUUGCUGCUUUGGGGUGGGCGAGGCCCAGGUUGGGCCCUGUACUUGUCUGAAACCAUAGAGGAGUGGGACGGAGGCCAUGCCAUGUGCAGGACGGGCCGUUGUAGUCCUGGAACUCAGGGAUGGAUGGCUGGCCCCUUGGGAAACCCCCUCCAUCCCCGGGGCAUUUGUCUCCUGGGCCUCCCGCUCCCCCUUCAGUCCGCCUGCAACUGGACCCUCCCCCAGGCUCUCAGGAAGGCCUCUGGGGCUCAGUGCCCACCCUCCUCAGAGCUCUCACUCCCCAGGGCCUGGCCCGGCCCAGAGCGGGUGGGUGCUGGAAGGUUCCCGAGGGAGAACAAGCCAGAGCAGUCAGGUCGCGCCCUCCCGGGGCCCCGGUGGUGGUGCAGGUCUCAGCGCACCCCCUCUCCUGGUCUGAGCCCACCCUC